UGAAGACUUGGCGAACGGUCGACGAGCGGACCGAGAAAUAUACAUAUACAUCCACAAGAUAGAGACAGAGAGUGAUAGAGAGAGAGCAACAAGUUUGCCAGUGGAAAUUUUAGUAACGAAAUGCAGUGAAUACCCGUCCAGUGAAUGCAACAAACUGGCUCGAAAAACCAAAAUAAAUAUAAGAAAAAACAAUAACAAAAACAAAAACGAAAAACAAGUCGAAACUAUUCGAAAACAGACCAAACAAAAAGCUGAGUGAAUCUAGUUAAACAUUUCGAAAAGCCAAAAUCAAAACAGCAACAAGUGAAAGAGCCAAAAAGAGACGGCCAGAGCGGUGAACCGCGAGUGGGAACGAGAUAGAGACAGAGCACCAGAGACUUUCGCAUCUGUAGAUUUGAGUUUUGCAUGCCGAGAGAGAUACAGCUACGCUAGAGCUAAAGCUACAGAUACAGUAGCCACUAGCAGGCCUGAGAAAAAAUACAUAUCUGCGAAAUACCAUUAUUGUUAUUACUGCUCAGAAAUGGAGUACGAGAAAAUGCUGUACAUGCCUUCCAGUGAGAUGCCUCACAGUCCGCAGCUGAAGCCACAUCAGUUCCAGGCCCAGACGCCGCCGGAUCAGUACUCAGCCUAUGCGGACAACUUUGACCUGUCGCUGCUGCCGCAGGAGUCCGCCCCCAUUCCCACCACCGUCUUCCAGUACAACGCCCCCCAGAUCAAGGUCGAGUGCGCCUGGGAGAGUCAACCUAUACAUCAGCAGCAGCAGCAGCAGCCCUCUCCAUAUCCCAUCCCCUCCAGCCACCAGCUGAUCCCGCCGCCCGCCUACCCCCACAGUGCCUACCCCUCGCCGCAGUCCAGUCCGCUGCAGUCGGAGUUCGCGGCCUACGGAUUCGGAAGAUUUGGCGGUAGCUACGACAGCCUCAAUAGCCCCUCACCCUCCCUGGAAGCAGUCAGCAUCAAGCAGGAGCUGCACAUCCUGCCGCCCUCACCGCCGGAAUCCAACUGCGAAACCCCCUCCCCGCGAUCCUCUUGCGGCGAGAGCAUCAAGGCGGAACCCUUGGAUGCGGACAUCGAGAGCCUCAUCGACCUGAACUCCCUGCUCCAACAGCAGAGCCUGCAAAGCCCCCAGAAUCUCCAGUCCCUGCAGGACACCAAGCCGGAUCACCAGCUCUUAAGAGAGUGCCUCGAGGACACCAGCUUCCAGAAGCGACACAACCUGAAGCCUUUGGCUCUGGAAUCCUUCAUUGGAGGCUUGGCCGAAGUGCGCGGGGAUUUUGAGCCCGUAAUUUCCCUGGCCCUGGAGCAUGCCAAGCGAGAGGCGGACGCCAUCUGCGCGGAACUGCAGAUAUCGCAGGAUCCCAAUGGCUGGUCGCCCGCCCAAGUACACGCAUGGCUACGAUCCACCUUGGCCCAGUUCAGAUUGCCACCGGUGGCCGAUUUGGAGCUGCACUUCUGCGAAGAUGGGGCCGCUCUGACAUUACUCAGCGAAGAGGAAUUCGUGCGCCGACUACCAGAGAGCGGGAGCACGCUGCACGCCCAGUUGGAGAUUUGGAAGAUGGCCUACGCCGACCAGCCCCCUCAGAUGGAUCAGCAUUCCCAGUCCGCAGCCGCUGAUCUCUGGCCAGCCAGCUAUGCGAUGCCCAAUUUGGAGCUGGAUUACAACGAGGACAGCGAAGAUGACGACGAAAUGGAGACAGAUGCAGUGGUUACACCUUUGACCAGCAGCUCCACAUCACCGCCUGCAACCACUCCCUCCAAUGGCGGUACAGUUACGACAAAACGCCCGAAUGGUGGUCGAACCGGCGGAGGUGGCUCCCACAUCCACCUGUGGCAGUUCCUCAAGGAGCUGCUGGCCUCGCCUCAGGUGAACGGAACGGCCAUCCGGUGGAUUGACCGGACCAAGGGCAUCUUCAAGAUCGAGGACUCGGUGCGGGUGGCCAAGCUGUGGGGUCGUCGCAAGAACCGGCCGGCGAUGAACUACGACAAGCUGUCCCGCUCCAUAAGGCAGUACUACAAGAAGGGCAUCAUGAAGAAGACGGAGCGGUCGCAGCGGCUGGUCUACCAGUUCUGUCAUCCCUACAGCCAGUAAUAUCGGUUAUAGGCCAGUUAUUUAUUGCUAGUUGUAAGUGGUACACCCGACCGACCCACCUGUUCCGAUCCCAUCCGAUCCGAUCCGCUGACUAUGCUCGACUAGCCUUGUGGGCCUAGCGAGUCUUAGUUUUAGUCCUUGUACAUAACCACUCACAAUCUUGUUAGGCACGAAGGUAAGUUCGUGCAUCGAUUAAGUUUGGCUCUAGAUUAGGCUAAAAUCCACGCCCACCGGCGAAGGUAAGUUCGUCCGGGGGGCAGGGUUUUAAGUGACCCCCAGUUUCAAUCGUAGAUCUAACUCUGAUCCCGCAGAGCAGCUGGUAAUUCGGCUGCACCUGCGCAUGUUUGACUUACCGGCGACAUCUUUAUUCAACUGCUGUCAGUCCGUGCGAAGGAUAAUCGCUCGCCAGUAUAAAGUCCUGUGGCUGGGAGAGGUAUCCUCUGGACCUGGACCGCCAUUAGUAGUCCGAGGCGAAAUUGGCACAAGAGGUCCUAGCAUCCAGAGCAUCUCUCCAUAGAAAACAGUCACUAUUAAAGGACCCACCUGAGCAAAAAGAAUAUCCUUCGCUGGCAGCAUGAAGGUGUCGAGGUAAUUUUAGGAACCAUAUAUCUAUGAUAUAUCAAAAGUAAGUUCUAUGAACAACUUAAUAAGCGAACAAAUGUUAAAUAGUAGUCUUAAGGCGCCUCGAUUAGCCAUUAGUUUCAUCCUUGAAAGUUUUUUCUCUUUUCCCCCUAAGCAAACAAGUUAAAAAUCUUUCGACCUUGUCCGAUUAUUCUGCAAUACAUACUAUGACUUUAUCUCAUAACGUUAUUAAUUAUUUAUUCUUUACCGGGUGGCGGUUCAAUUUAGACAUAUUUCGUUUCACUUUAUUUUGAUUAUUAUACGCAAUUAGCAUAAUUCGUGCAUAAUUCUCUAUAGUUUCGUUUAUGUGACGGGUAGCGAGUUUAAGUUAAUUUUAAUAUUUAUUCGCUAGCCCAGCCGAGCGGUGAAAUUAUGGAAAGUCAAUUAUUUUCGCUGCUAUUUGCAUUAGCAUUAAUGCAGGCGCUUUAAUUGAAUUAUGCAACGGCCAAUUGGCUGCUUGGCUUAUUUUGUUAACCAAAUAGAACAGUUACCGUUUAUACAAAAAUAUUUAUACGCAUAUACCACACCUAAUUAGGACAUUGCAACUAGAUUUAUGCACUUUACACUUUUUACGACACAUGAAAUUAUUUAUUUAUUUAUUCAACUAACAUAUUGUCAUGCUACACUAUCCGAUAAAAAUAAAAAAAAUAAAAAUCACAGCAAAAAAA